CUAAAAAUGUAUAUUGCGUUCAAAUGGCUCGCCGGCUUGGCCAUGGUGAUGUGGAUAGCCAUGUGUUUUAUUGAUAUGUUCGUUAAAAGUAAAGAUACUAAAGAUGCAAUACCAUUUAAAAAUUCAACUCUCAGAGAAAAAUCAAAUUACGAACCCCGCAUAACGAAGUAUAAGGAUAUAAAUAUUUACGAAGAAACCAGUACAACCAUGAUACACUGCUACAUGUUUCUAGCAGGCGCUUUGGCUGUAUCUCUAUUCAAUAAGAAAAAAGAAAUUGUUGUUUAUGCCAAACAUAAAGUUGCUCAAAUCGAUUUAAAAAAACUAAUUACAUGGAGCAAACGUAACGUCGCAGAGGCAUUGAUCACAAUUUCCUUUCAGAUAUUAAAUUAUUCAUGUAUUUUAUAUGAUUACAUAAAAAUAACGCACAGAAAAGUUAAAUAUUUCCUCGGUUUACUGAUUAACAAAAGGAAUGAAAGUCAACAAAAGAUAAACAUGAUUUUACUUAAUAAAUUAAAAGAGGUGGGUGAAGAAAGGAAGAACCUAGGUCAGCUGCUGAUAGCUGCUAUUCACGAGAACAAAAAUAUAAGGAUGCAAUAUCAGCUAGAAUCUUUAGCGAAAAGUCGAUUGUUACGGCACAUCGACGACACACAUAAACAGAUAAAAGAAAACCGCUCACGAUACGUUAGUUUCCAACAUCUAUAUCUUGUGACCCACCAAGAAAAUAUCUUCCUCAAAGCGCGAGUUAGAAAACUUCAAAAAGAGAAAGACGAAGCCGAGAAGAAUUUGUUAAGUUUAAUAAACGAAAUAUAUAGAUCGAAAAAUAAAGAAUUAAAAUCGUAUUGCAGUCGGUUUAUAGUUCAUACGAAAGCUAAUUUGUUAAAUUCUGAUGUGAGUGCAGAAAUUAGUAAAUUUUUGGGAUCACAACAAUUUGAUGCUACAAACGCUUAUGAAGAUACAAACAAAUCAAAUAUGGAAUGUGGAGUCCGUAUAUCGGAGAUUUUGAAUGAAGAUGAUGGCUUGGUGCCGUUAGUGUCUGACGCUCCGAGGCUGAAAGGUCUUCCAGGGGAGAUUGUUUGGACCGUCAAGGAUAAGGACGGCAUAAUAGAGAAACUUUACGAGUAUGACUAUGAAACUGAUUUGGACAAUGGCGAUAUUAUCAGGAGAAUUAGGAAAUAUUCAGUGUAUUGUGAUGAGGAAUGCCUCCUAGAUAGUACGAAAUCCACAACAAUUAUAACAGAACCAAAUGCUGAGCCCAGAAUACAAUGUUCACUUACGAAAGCUAAUUUAGAUUAUCCUCUGGGCCGAGCCAAGUUCUUGACGGGCUCAAGAGCAUUUCAGAGGUUCCUUCAGGAUAACAAGAAUGUCGUCGCCCAUUCACCCUCGAUGUCAUUGCUGGGCGCACCGCAGUUAACUUGAUGGUUUUG